UGGGCCAGUGCUCAGUCCAAGCCAGAGUUGCAUUUUUUGUGACAAGUAAAAAACCAAUAUUUCCACUCCACUUCAUUGUUAAAAAAAGGAUUCAAUUAAAAGGAGCCAUCUGAACAAUACAAACACCAGGGAAUUAGGACAGAGCGAGUAUACAACAAAAAAGGAAGAUCAUGGAGCAAGAAAUUAUGAGUGCAUUAUUCGAGGAUAAAGCGCAGAAUGACAUCAACGAUGAAAUUUCAAGCGCUUGGCAGCCCAGACCAGGGUGCAAUCCGGUUGACGAAAAGGCUGUCCACGAUCUUCUUGUGUGGGAGGAAGCAUGGAAAAAACAAGUGAUGGAGCGUAAGGAAAAAAUCGACGAGGAGCUCAGCAGGUCGAUAUUGCCAGAGCCAUGGCCACCCAUUGGGCAACCCAACGGACGCAAGCGCAAGCAUCCCAUGGACAAUCCAAAAGAGCCUGCUAUCGCUGUCGGGAAUCUUCUUAGCUGGGAGGAAAAAUGGGACCAGCAAUACAAUACCACAAGUCGCAAUUUGUACAGAGACCAAUGAGGUUGUAUUGCUUGGCCUGGAGCUGCAAUCCACCGAAGAAAUAGCCUCUUCUGUAAGGGGUUUCGGAGAUCCCCUGGACUAGUCACAGGCACAGGCGCAGGAGAUUUCCCCACAGGUCAUCAGAAAGGAAGUCCCAGGUCACUGGUAUUGGAUGUACGAAAAAUAAUAAUCGCGCCCAUCCAUCCCUCCAAUAAUAUCUGAACCUGUAUAAAUAAAGGUAUACUCAUAUACUCGCGCAAAUUCUGGGGAAUUGAACAUAUUCGUAGUUGAAGAAUUCUUGUCUUGUUAUACCCCUGCAGAUGGUACGAGAAUUUUGACUUUGAAUACGAGUACGAGUAGAUAUUAUUUAUAAUAGAUAGACCGAUAGUCCGAUAUAAACAAUUCUUUCAUUUCGUUUUGUUAAAUGCAAAAAAAUUCCUCAGGGAUAUACUUAGUAUAUUAUCCAAUCCAAUUGAUAUCUCUUC